AUGGCACCGGUAUGGGAAGAAGAUCUCCCUACAGCCGUCACGCCUAAAGUCCCCUUCGAGCCCAACCCCAACUGGAGUGCCUUCUACGCCGGCGGACCAGAAAUCCAAGCCUACCUCACUCGCACAGUAAAGAAGUACAAUCUCGACCGCGACGUCAAACUCUCGCACGAAAUCAUUCACGCAAACUUCGACGAACGUGAAGGGAUUUGGAACCUCAAAAUCUCGCACAAAGGCAACGUCUUCGACGACUGGUGCAACGUCCUCGUUUCAGCAACCGGUUUCCUCUCGCACUGGAAGUGGCCCGACAUCCCAGGCCUACAUGGAUUCAAAGGCGUCAAAGUGCACUCUGCAGCCUGGGAUGAGGACUUUGAUUAUAAGGGGAAGAAGAUCGCGGUGAUCGGGAACGGGAGUUCUGCUAUCCAAAUCAUGCCUGAGGUGGCGAAGAGUGCGGCGCAUGUCGUGAAUUUUAUUCGGAGUCCGACGUGGAUUACGCCCGGAUUGGGAAGUGCAGUUAUUGGAGGGGAGGUGAACAGGUUGUAUGGCGAGGAGGAGAAGAGGAGGUUUAGGGAGGAACCUGGGGAGCUGAAUAGGCAUCGAAAGGAGAUACAGCAAGGGAGUAACAAGGCUUUUGGUUUGUUCGUCAAGGACUCAGAAGCACAGAAAGCAGCCUUCGAGUCCACAUCUAAAAUGAUGCUGGAUCGCCUAGGUGGCGACGAAGAGCUUGCAGCAAAGCUCACGCCCACCUGGGAAGUCGGCUGCCGUCGAGCGACCCCAGGUCCAGGCUACCUCGAAGCCUUCACACAGUCCAACGUCUCCCUCACCACCUCCCCAAUCAGCCUCAUCACCCCAUCCGGCAUUCUGACCAAAGACGGCACCCACCACGCCGUGGACGCUAUCAUCUACGCAACCGGCUUCGACGUCUCACACCGCCCUCCGUUUCCCCUUCUCGGCCUCAACAACCUCGACCUCAGAGACUACUGGAAAGACGAGCCUCUCGGCUAUCUCAGCGUCGCCUGCCCUCAUUUUCCCAACCUGUUCUUCUACUCUGGCCCCAAUGCCCCCGUCGGCCACGGCUCCCUCAUGGCCGCCCUCUCAUGGAUCACACGAUACAUCUCUCUCUGGCUGCGCAAAAUCGCCUCUGAAGACAUUCUCUUCGUCGCCCCUACAUCUGAAGCAACCGAGGAGUUCAACGCCUAUGGCGACGAGAUCAUGGAGCGGUUUGUGUGGAGCGGCGGGUGUAGGAGCUGGUAUAAGAAGGGGAGGGUGGAUGGGAGGGUCACGGCGGUUUGGCAAGGGAGCGCGAUUGGCUUCAAGGAGGCGAUUGGGGAGUUGAGACCGGAGGACUUCAAGAUUGUGUGGAGGACGGGCAAUCGGUGGAGGUGGAUGGGGAUGGGAGGGCGAGGGUGGAGGGGAUAG